GGCCUGUGUCACAUGGUCUGGAAGUGACGUCAUCCACCGGGAGCGGAGGUCUUUGAAACUAUCGCUCCCGCAUGACAACAGAGCUGUGAGCCCCAGACAAGACCAUGUCCUCUCCUCGAGAUCAUAAGUCACCCGGAGGUCAAGGAAGAGGUGGCUCCCCCAGUCUCUCUACUACGAAGAAGCCUGGGAAGAAGGGGCAGACAUCGCCUCAAGGUGGCCCCAGCCUACAGGAAGUAAAGAAGAGGGCCCACCGCAUGAGGAAAACUCCCGAAAGAGAGAUUUGUGACCAAUUGGAUGGAUUGCACCUGGGUACAGAGGCUCCUGCAGAAGGAUCCGGCCUGGUGUAUGAUGAUCGAAUGACACAAUUUUUCUGUCUCUGGGACGACAAGUUUCCCGAGUGUCCAACUCGUCUUUUGGCUGUGAAGGAGAAGUUGGUGGAGUACGGGCUGCUGGACCGCUGCCUGCCAGUGCCAGCACGGGAAGCAUCUGAGGAGGAGCUCUUGCUGGUUCACAGCCCAGACUACGUAGAGUUAAUGAAAUCCACCCAGAAAAUGACAGAGGAAGAGCUCAGAGCACUGUCAGACAACUACGACUCUGUCUACCUGCACCCAAUGUCGUUCACUGCUUCCCGCGUGGCCGCCGGGUCUGUACUACAGCUAAUUGAUAAGGUCAUGAGAAGGGAAGUCCGAAAUGGGUUGGCAGUGGUGAGGCCUCCGGGGCACCACGCUCAUACUGACCAGAUGAAUGGUUACUGCAUGUUUAACCACUUGGCCAUCGCCGCCAGAUACGCCCAGCACCAGCACGGCGUAAAGAGGGUUCUCAUCGUGGACUGGGAUGUACAUCAUGGACAAGGCACGCAGUUCAUAUUUGAGGACGACCCGAGUGUCCUUUAUUUUUCAAUCCAUCGCUAUGAAAAUGGAGAAUUUUGGCCACAUCUGGUGGAGUCUUCCAGCGCUGCCGUGGGCAAGGAGAAGGGCGAGCGAUAUAACAUAAAUGUGCCGUGGAAUAAGACGGGAAUGAAUGACGCGGAUUAUAUCACAACGUUCCUGCACCUGCUCCUGCCCGUCUCCUACGAGUUCCAGCCGCAGCUUGUGUUGGUUGCUGCAGGAUACGACUCAGUGGUCGGAGAUCCUAAGGGGGAGAUGUCCGCCACCCCAGCAUGCUUUGCACACCUUACCCACUUGCUCAUGUGUUUGGCUGAAGGAAGAGUAGUGCUCGCUCUAGAGGGAGGAUACAACAUGCGCUCUAUGGCAGAAGGUGUCUGCGCCUCAUUGAAAGUGCUGCUCGGGGACCCAUGUCCGAGCUUACGUCAGCCUUUCACACCCUGUGAGAGUUCUCUGCAGUCCAUCUCUGGCGCCAUAUCUGUCCACAGGAAAUACUGGCGGUGUCUGCAGGACCAGGAUUUUCCCUUUAAGAUCGAGACAGGAGAUGAUAAACUAAAAACAGAGGAAAGCAGUGACCGCUCCUUCCCCGAGGAGUCAGAAGAGGAUAACCUGAAGGUCACCUUGGACACUGCGAUGCAGGAGGUGAUGAGGAAGUUACCGGAGAGGUGCACGGGUCUGGUGUAUGAUGAGCAGAUGAUGGAGCAUUAUAACAUAUGGGACAGCGGUCACCCUGAGCUCCCGCUGAGAAUUGCGCGGAUUUUCAAGCAUCACAAGGAGAUGGGGCUCGUAGAUCGCUGCGCUCGUCUUCCCCAUCGCCUUGCCACUACUAAGGAGCUACAGAUGUGUCAUAGCCUCCCUUACAUUAAGACGUUUGAAGAAAGCUCACGAAUGAAACCAAGAGACCUGCACAGGAUGGGCUCUCAGUACAACUCCAUCUUCAUCAACAACAGGUCGUAUAACAGCGCCCGCCUGGCCGCGGGCUCUACGUUCAGCGUGGUGGAGGCCGUACUGAGGGGAGAGGUCCAAAAUGGAGUUUGCAUAGUCCGCCCUCCGGGUCACCAUGCCGAGCCAGGUGCGGCCUGUGGGUUUUGCUUCUUUAACAAUGUCGCCUUGGCCGCGCGAUACGCCCAAAGUCUGCAGAGCCCGUCGGACCCUCCUCUAAGGGUGAUGAUUUUGGACUGGGAUAUCCACCACGGUAACGGUACUCAGCAUAUAUUCCAGGAUGAUGCCAGCGUCCUGUAUGUGUCGCUCCAUCGCUAUGAUAACGGCAUCUUCUUCCCAUCUUCUGAGGACGCCGCACACGACAAGGUUGGGAGCGGUCCAGGCGAAGGAUUUAAUGUGAACAUCCCCUGGAAUGGAGGAAAGAUGGGAGAUACGGAGUACCUGCUCGCCUUCCACAGAAUCGUCAUGCCCAUAGCUUACGAGUUUAAUCCACAACUUGUUUUGGUCUCUGCCGGAUUCGACGCCGCUCGCGGUGACCCGCUUGGAGGUUGCUGCGUCAGUCCAGAAGGCUACGCCCACAUGACGCAUCUCCUGAUGGGGCUGGCAGGGGGCAAGGUAGUGGUCGUGCUUGAGGGCGGAUAUAACCUUACGUCGAUCUCUGAAUCCAUGUCCAUGUGUACCCGGACACUGCUGGGUGAUCCACUUCCCUUCAUAUCUGACCUGCACGCCCCCCGUCCUGCGGCCCUGCAUGCUAUCUCCAGUGUUCUUGGAGUACAUCAUAAAUAUUGGCGUAGCCUGUGUAUAAACGUUAGACCUCCUGUACCUUCUGAGGAGGCCUCGGAGGUCCUGUUCUCCCCACCGAAGAUGCAGCCACAUAAGGAUAGGGAGACUGGAUUAUCAUCACCUCAACACAGAAGUCCUGGAAAGCAGAUUGUAUCUACUCCUUCUCCUCCGAGACCAGAUCUAAGGGGGCAAGAAGAGGAACAUCUGACACCAAAGCAAAGACCAUCACUUUCGACCAUCGAGAGUGCAGAGGCUGGCUCUCCGGAAGUUAGGACUUUGGUGAUCCAGGAUGUAGAUGACAGUAAGAAGGACUCCAUAUUGGAGGACCUUGGAGAAGAUUUGGUGCCUAUGAGGGACGGUUCAGUCUCCAGUCUUUCUGCUCAGGACGAGGAUGUGGACAGUUGUGCCAAACCAGAUCAGUCAUAUGAAGGAGAAUCGCUGGAACUCGUCAUUGAGUUGCAGGUGUCUGACCAGACCCCAGAGAAGCAGAGGUCUAAACCUGCGACCGAGAGCUCGGUGGAGGAGCUUUUGAGAGACUUGCACUUGGGAGAGGAUACGAAAAGUGUAGACGUCAGGUCUCCAGACAAUGAUAGCAAGCCAGUCGGUGGAGCAAGGAAGAAAACCUCCAUGGGGAGAUCGUCAGGAGGAGCGCAGGUAGGGUCUGCUUCUGCAGAUAAGCAGCAGGAUCCGGCGCCGCCCGAUGAAGCUGCUGGGGGUGAUCGUUUGUUCUGUGAACUUGACAUGGACCCAUCACUCGGAUUCUCUGGGGAAUUAUUUACCGUAACACCCUUGCCCUGGUGCCCUCACUUAGAUUCAGUACAAGUGCUGCCCCCUAGUGGGCUUGACGUGACAGAGCCGUGCGCAGAGUGUGGCACCCAGGUGGAGAACUGGGCCUGUCUGACGUGUUACCAGGUUCUGUGCGGAAGGUACGUCUCGCAGCAUAUGAUGUGUCACGGAGUCUCCUGCGGCCAUGAUGUCGUCCUCAGCUUCUCGGACCUCUCCGUGUGGUGCUAUAGCUGUGACGCCUACAUCCAUAACGAGGUUCUCAUUCCAGCGAAGCAAUCCGCUUACCGUUCCAAGUUUGGCGAGGAUAUGCCAGGAGUCUAAAGUUCCCAGAUGGCAGCGGCCAGGGGGGGGAGGCAAAAGUCUACCACAGAGACUACUACAACUCCCAUCCUCCUCCUUAGUUUGUAACCCUCGCCGUAGUGUUUGUAUUCAGCUGCUGAAAUGCUGCCUACGUUUGUACCAUGCAAGUUCUGCAGCUUUCUGUUAUACCUUAUGUUUCAGUUGCUCACUGUUUACAAGAUACCUGCUUGCUGUCAGUGAACAGCAGCUUUUUGGUUUACAUCCAAACAUAGGAACCUUUUUUAGACCUUCUCACAGCUGAGGGUUUGUUACCGGCCACCCUCAGAUUUCACAGACUGCACUGAUAGCACUGUCACAGACUAGCAGAGCCAGCAAAACAAAUUUGCGCUGCUGAUGUGUCUAGUUGUAACAAAACCACAGCUGUGAGAAAUAUUAGGUCUGUACACGGUUUUUAUCCUCUGGAUGUGAACAAGAUUGUCUCUGUUCACUGACAGCAAGCAGAGAUUAUGAAACUGGUGAGGAAUUGAUACACAAAUGAUAUUACAAAGAUUCUGACAUGCCAACAGUGUCACAGGCACAGAGCCCUUUUAAUCAGGACAUCUAUAAUAUAUAUAUAUAACCUCAUUUAAAGGGGCGUGUCCUCAUACACUUCAGUUCGCCUUGUCAUUGUAGGCAAUGGAGCAGUGACUGGUAUUAUGCUGUUUUCAAGUGACCGUCCCCCAUAAUCUUUAUGGUUAUUUAAUGAUUUAUUAUAUUUAAUCAGACACAAA